CAAAACGGGACGUCCCGUUCCAGCAGGUUGUUGGAAGUGUUUGAACUGUGUGGUGCAUCUUGUCUGCGUUUCUCUAUGGAAAGCGCGCGCCAUUCCAAGGCACGGUGAUUGUUAUCACGGAUGUGAUAGGGAUAUUUUAUUGCGUGCUGCAAUGAGCGGUGCAUAGUGGAUACCAACUUCUUGAAGGCCAUGGCCUGUGACAGUCCUGGAUGCGGAAUUGUGCCAUCUUUGCGUGCGAUUUUGCUUGUGGCUUGUGUGUGCUUAUCACGGACGUCAUCGGUGUCUGCGUUCUAUUCCUCUGAAGGAGGUUGCGAUUGGGAAGGAAGUGGCUUGCAUCGUGAAACAUCGGCCAGUCCCAUGUCCAAUGAACUGAGAUCAUCUCGUGAAGUGGUGCCCGUGUAUUUGCGCUGUGACCAGGGCACAAUCGUGUGGCAUUAUCCGCGUGGUGCCCUCAGGGUACUUCUCAGGCACGGUACCUCUGGACGUGACUUCAGGGCCUGCGUCCGGGUCGCUUCCAACUCUUCUGGGGCCGCCAUACAUCUGGAAGGACACCGGCGCCUCUUGCCCGUAUUUCAGGGUCCCAGAGAAGACGGUGAAGAUACCGUACGCUGUUUCGCCUCUUAUCGUGGCCAGGUGGCGCUCUUUCUUGAGGCGACACCUGGGCCCCACCUGCGAAGAAAUACGCUUCGACUGUGGUACCACCUCACACCCGUGUCCUCGCCCAGAGAACUUCUCAAGGACGACACAGAAUGCCGACCGUGUUCGGAUCGAGAACUUCUUCAUCUUUACUGCUCCAGCGAUUUCGUGGUCGAAGGCAACGUGUCUAGGUUGCAGCACGUGACACGACGUGACGUCACGGAGAUCCACGUGCGUGCCACGCGAAUCCACCGGAGCGACUCCACUCCGCGAGGAUCCGGCGACACGACGUUCCUUCUGGAACGUCCUCUCAAGUGCGGCACGCGGGCCGGACGUGGCAGUUUCCUUUUCGUCGGUCAGCUCGUCUUGGGCCGGUCGACGUUGCGCUGCGCUCCUCGCCUGGAACACUGGAAAGAACUGCGGGACAGAGCGACGCGGAAAGGAACGGCAGCCUGCGCGUUGAGUUGAUAAGACUGUGGAGUGUCAUGGCUGCGGGAACACCGGUGCUAUAUGUGACUGUGAACUGUGGACCACACCUGUGUGGCCAAUGUGGCUGGAAUUUCAUCCCGAAAAAAAAAAGAGUUUUUGAAGCUUCACGUUUGUGCAUGACUGCUUGGCAAAGCAUGACUGGUAAACAGCGGAAACACGACCGAGAAAUUUUUAUGCGUUGCAAACGGAGCACACACGUAUAUUAAUGGAGGAAGGAAUGAGAUGAAGCUUCUUAUUCCACUGUAUCGAGUCAAUCAAUCAAUCUCUCCCUCUUAUUUUUUUCCCUCCCCCAGCAUCCAACAUCAUCAUCAAGUGAAGCAGAAGUGGGGGGGACUUGCGAAGUCACCUUUCGUCGUCUGCAGAGACUUUUAAAACUUAGUUUCGGAAUUCCUCUACAAGUGCGCGUGCAAAUGCUCUUCAGUGGCUUUUCCGGGUACCAGUGCCCUUGCCCUUUUAGCUUCAAAGAAGCUAGAACUUAUAGCUUACUCUGUCUCUUGCCUCAAGUUCUUCUCAAAUUCCCUCAGGUGCCUCCCUUUGUUCCUUCCUCCAUGCUUAUUAUAUUACUGGAAUUGAGUCAAAAUAAUAUUGUUUAAGAAAUUUGGUUGUGUCUGCUUGUCAGUCAAAAUGUGUACAAACAAGUAUGCUUCGCCUCCUUUGUAGAAAAGCACAAGCACUGUUGUGGCAUUUUGGGCGCCUUGCAAAACCUCUUGAAGGGUGAUUUUCUAGCUGUAGUCUUUAGUUUAAUUAUCUCAGUUGGCAGCAUUGGAUUCAGAAGAGAAAGACAAGCUGUAGCGACUGAAGCCUCAGAAUCAUUGUCUAUGCUCUGCUGUAUUUGCAUUUUUGUCCUCACAAGAUACAGUUUAUGUACAUGGCAUCUGAGGCAUUCUCCCACCAUCGCAUGGGAUGUCCUACCAUUGUCACAAUAAUCGUGAACAUUGGUGCGGUGCAUCACCACUUUGUCCCAGUCGCUGAAAUUUGCUUGACAGUUCCAAUCGCAAUGCGUCCUAACACAUCCAGCAAACAGAAAAAAAAAACACUACAGGACCAAUGCCUCAGAACUGGAAACCCACCUUAUUAUCGAUUGAAUAUCCAAGUGCCAAGUUCUCAUGUGCCUCUGCUUUCUGAACAGUACAAACAGGUUGUUUACAGCCUGUGCAGAGUGGAACCUUUUGAUGGGUAUGGGCGCAGAAGCACAGACAUUAUUCGGAAGCUAUAAAGUGCAAUUUAUUUUUUUUUAUUGUAAAUACAGAAGAUGUCUGUGUAGCGCUUUGUAGCGCUACAACCUCUCCCAUGUUUGGUAUGAUCUCGAAAACAAUAGAAAUUAAACGUGUAUAAAUCGUUGUAAAUAGCUUAUAUAUAAAACACUCGCGAGAGAGCUAUAAAGAUAGUACUUAAUGGACAAAACUUUUUUGGUCUUUGCAAGUGUGGCCCCCUUCAAACUGCGAUGGCCCAGAGAUCAAUUUUUAAAAUGGCCGCAUAUCAGCGGCGCAGAACAUCUGCAGAUUAGAUGCUGAUGUACAGAGUACCUGUAUCAUAGUGUACAUAGAGUGAAAUAAAGAUUAUUUUGUUGUCGAAAUAA